CCGAGCCGGCGGAAGCCCGGUGCUCACCAUGUCGGUCGCGCUCAGCAACAGGUUCCAAGGAGGGAAAGCGUUCGGUUUGCUCAAAGCCCGGCAGGAGAGGAGGCUGACCGAAAUCAACCGGGAGUUCCUCUGUGACCAGAAGUACAGUGAUGAAGAGAACCUGCCAGAAAAACUUGCAGCCUUUAAAGAGAAGUACAUGGAGUUUGACCUGAACAAUGAGGGCGAGAUUGACCUGAUGUCUUUAAAGAGGAUGAUGGAGAAGCUUGGGGUCCCCAAGACCCACCUGGAGAUGAAGAAGAUGAUCUCGGAGGUGACGGGCGGGGUCAGCGACACCAUCUCCUACCGAGACUUUGUGAACAUGAUGCUGGGGAAACGGUCGGCGGUCCUCAAGCUAGUCAUGAUGUUUGAAGGAAAAGCCAACGAGAACAGCCCCAAGCCAGUUGGCCCCCCUCCAGAGAGAGACAUUGCCAGCCUGCCCUGAGGACCCCUGCCUGGACCUGCCCCGCCCUCCCCACUCCUCUUCCUCCCUCCUGAUCUCACUGCCCUUCUUGACUCAUUGCGAUGUGUCUCAUUUGUUCUGUUUGGUCGUUGUGCGUUUGUUUUUUCAUCAGCAGAGUCAGUGAUCUCUUUGUAUAGCACGAGUUAUCUGCCUUAAAGGGGCUCUGGGUUGGGGAGUCCAGAUCGCCUCCUUCUCUUUUUCCCUGCAUCUCCCCUCCCUGUGCAGAAGGGCUGACAUUAAACCAAAAACCAGAGGGGGCAGGGCCAGGACAGGGAGACCAGAAGCCUGUGAUUCCCGCACUGGAAGCUGGCACUGUUUGGCCUUCCAGGUCACUGAGCUAAGUCCUGGGACCCUGGCCUGGCCCUGGUGAGGCCCUCAGCCCCUUUCGGAAGACCCUGCAGUCGGGAUAAGGCUGCAGGGCCUCCUUAGGGUAUCCUCGGACAGCUCUGUGGUUCCAGUGCUCUUGGGUGGGCCAGGAUGUGGCCACACAAUGUCCCACCUCCUCAGCUGGUCCCCUCUCAGUUCACACUUUGUCUUAUCCUUAGUGAGGUGACAGGAGAGAAGGAGAGGGACUUGGCAAUUGGAGCCCUUCAGGAAGGUUCCAGAGGAAUCCUCUAGCCUUGCCCCCUGGCCACACCUUUACAGGCAGCUCAGAGGAAGGGUGCAGCUCCCCCUGACCCUUGCUGGGGUUUCAGAGGCAGAGGGGAAUCCAGGGGCCUUGGGGGAGGGGAUUCAGCU